AUGGCGUGCGUCGCGCGCGCGUCCUUCGCCGCGUUCGCUUCCUCCUCCUCCUCCUCCUCCAUCCCGAAGACCGGCAAAGGCGGAUCGUUCGUGGAUCACUGCCACGGCGUCGAGAUCAAGGGCGGCGGCGCGAGCGCGACUGAUGAGGGCGCGGGCGGCGUCCUGUCCGGGCUCACGUUCGCGGUGAAGGACAACCUCGAUCUCGCGGGGCAUCGAACCGGAUGCGGCAACCCGGACUGGCUCCGGACGCGCGGCGGUACGCCCGCCGCGACGCACGCGCCGUGCGUCGCCGCGAUGCUCGACGCGGGCGCGACCUGCGUCGGGAAGACGCAGAUGGAUGAGCUCGCGUGGUCGCUCCAGGGCGAGAACGCGCACUACGGCACGCCGUCCAACCCCGCGGAUCCCUCGCGCGUUCCCGGAGGGUCCUCCUCCGGGAGCGCGUGCGCGGUCGCCGCCGCGCACGUCGACGUCGCCCUCGGCACGGACACCGCCGGGAGCGUCCGCGUGCCCGCGUCGUACGUCGGCGUGUACGGCUUCCGUCCCUCGCACGGCCGCGUUCCCGUCGACGGUUGCGUCGCGUUGGCGCGCUCCUUCGACUGCGUCGGUUGGUUCGCGCGCGACGCCGCGACGUUGAUGGCGUGCGGCGCCGCGCUUUUGCCGCCCGACCGGCCGAGCGGGACGAUUCACGCGGACGGGUUCAAGCGGUUGAUCGUCGCGACGGACGCGUUCGCGACGUGCGACGCGGGGACGCGCGAGGCGUUGAUUUCGGCGAUCGAGAGAGCGGCGAAAGCCGGCGGCGACCUCGAGCCCGCGUGGUGGGACUCGUUCCGGACGCUCCAGACGCGCGAGGUGUGGCUCGAGCACGGCGCGUGGAUCGAGGAGACGGAUCCGUCGUUCGGCCCCGGGGUGGCGGAGCGGUUCGCCGCCGCCGAAGCCGGCGGCGGCGCGGCGACCGACGCGAUCGCGGCCGCGAACGCCGCGCGCGACGCGAUCACGCGACGCCUGAACGCGAUGCUCGAAGGCGGCGGUGUGAUCGUGUUGCCGUCCGCGCCGUCGCCCGCGCUGAAGACGGGCGCGAGCGCGGAGGCGACGGAGGCGUUUCGCGCGCGGCAGCUGCGGCUGACGACCGCGGCGGGGAUGGCUGGACUGCCGCAGGCGCGUCGGUUCGGUCGGCGAAUCGUGUCGAUUCCGGCGGCGACCGCGGAUGGCGCGCCGGUCGGGCUGUCGUUCAUCGCCGCGCGCGGGAGGGACGAGGAGCUGCUCGCGCUGACGGUGUCGCUCGAGCGCGCGUUGUUUUAG